CUUAAAAUAAAAGUUAAAAAUAAAAACUUUGUGUGGAUAAAUUCUAAGUGAUACAAAUUAUAUUUUACCUAUUAUCUCAAACAGCAUUAAUGCAAUAUACAUUUUAAUUUGUUCAUACUAUUUUAGUCAAUAUAAUAGAUCUUGGCAUUAAAAAUCCCAUUAUGUGUAGGUUUUCCUUCAUCUCAUUAAAUUAAUUGUCUUAGUCCCCAAGGCUUAUCAUUUGUGUUUUGACCAUCUUUUGAGUCUGGACAAUUUGCUAUGAAUAAUUUUACUGUAGCUCAACUCUUGUUCAUACAACAUAUAAGUAUUGUCCUCACUGCCAAUUUUCAGAGAUGCAUAUGUAAUUUAGUUUCAUUUUGUUUUCUACAUUUCUCUGUAGUACUAUGCCCAUCAGAAUGGCUCAAAUACCAAGGAAAGUGUUACUGGUUCUCUAAUGAGAUGAAAAGUUGGAGUGACAGUUAUGUGUAUUGUUUGGAAAGAAAAUCUCAUCUGCUAAUCAUACAGGACCAACUUGAAAUGGCUUUUAUACAGAAAAACCUAAGGCAAUCAAACCACGUAUGGAUUGGGCUUAACUUUACCUCUUUGAAAAUGACGUGGACUUGGGUGGAUGGUUCUCCAGUAGAUCCAGAGAUAUUCUUCAUAAAGGGACCAGCUAAGGAAAACCGCUGUGCUGCCAUUAGGGCAAGCAACAUUUACUCUGAAACCUGCAGCAGUGUUUUCAAAUGGAUUUGCCAGUAUUAGAGUUUGACAAAAUUCAUAGUGAAAUAAUCAAUGAUCACUAUUUUUGGCCUAUUAGUUUCUAAUAUUAGUUUCAAGGUGUAACAUUUUAAAAUGCAAUUAAAUGCAAAAAUUUCUUCUCCCUUCUCCCUCCAUCAUUGACAUCAGUCUAACCUCAGAGUAACCCUGUUAACACAUUAAAAUGUACCCUUCAAAUUUUUUACAUGAUAGUAUAAACCAAUGUGACUUCAUGUAAUUGUAUCCAGGAUUUCUAUUCAUUGUUUAUUUUAUUCCAAAUGUGAUCAAAUGAUGCCUAUUUUUCCUGUAUCUUGGCUUUUUAAAUUCUUAAUAAUGUCCUAAGCAACAUUUCUUAUAUUUCUAAGGGUUGAACCAUAAUGUGGAUUUAUACAUUUGUUACCCUUUUAUCAAAGAGAAUUAACUGUGUUUCCUGGCUGAUGCUACUCUGCACUCAGCUACAAAAAACAUCCUGAAUAUAUUCUUAAAUAGUAGCACCUUUAUUUCUAUGAUAUAAACCCUAAAAGUAGAAUUUCUAGGUAAAAGUGUUAAAUGUGUUGUUUCAUAUUUUAUACAAUUUUUAUAUGUUGCACUUUUAUUUUCAAAUUUAGAAGCUUUCAAACUUAUAAGAAGAUAUUAGGUGCAGAAAAAGAAUAUACUGCUUUCCUUGAACCUCUUGAGAAUUAGCUGCCAAAUCGAUGCAUUUUAUUAUUACGUUCCAUUUGUUAUUGGAUCCUUUCUGUGUAUUUCCUUCUGAAAAGAGGCCUUCUCCUACGUAACCACAAUAACAUGAAAAUCAGCAAAUGGACAUUGAUAUAGAACUAUCAUCUAACUCCCAGACUUCCUUCAAGGUUUGCUAUUUAUCAAAAUAAUGUUUCUUAGAGUAAAAGCAUCCCACUCAGAAUCAAUGUCUGCAUUUGGUGACUCUAUCUCUUUGGCCUCCUUCAACAUAGAAGAGUGCCUGAGCCUUCCUUGACAUUCAUGACCUUGACGCUUUUGAAUAUUGCACACUGGUUAUUUCGUAAAAUGUUCUUCAGCUGAAAUUUUCUGAUUGUUUCUCAUGGUGAGAUUCAAGUUGUAUCUUCUUGGCAGAAAUGGCACAGAAGUGAUGCAGUGAAGCUUUGUUCCGUCUGCAUCCUUUCAGGUGGCACACAGCUUUAUUUGUUCCAUUAAUGAUUACAUUUAUUUCAUUCACAUGAUUGAUAUCAUUUCUGUUUGAAUUCACUGUAAAGCUAUUAUUUUCUCAUUAUAAUUUAUUCACAUUUGGGGGCGUGAGUGAGAUGGCCUUAAUAUUCCCUUCAGCUUGGGGCUAAAUUCUUUUUUUUUUUUUUUUUUGAGACAGGGUUUCACUCCGUCAC